GAAGAACCGAGAAAUGAUCAACAUGUGACAGAACAUGAGCUGCUCUCUCUCUCUCUCUCUCUCUCUCUCACUGUGUCAGUAGGGACUCUGGUUCUAUAUUUAACCUGCAGGCCUGCUCCCUCGCUCUCACACAUACUCAACAUAAACGAGGCCGCUGAGAGACGACGAGCAGGAUGGAGGAGGAGGCUCCAUCGCAGCGCUCUGUGGCCGAACUCGCAGGGAGGUUCCGGGGCUCGGCUCCUCCACCCGAUGCUGCCGGGAAGGAGACGGAUAACCCGGUUCGGCGACGGCCUCCUCACUCCUUACAGCUCCCCACAGCACACGGAGACGACCAGGAGCCUCCAGGUGUCACCUCGCCUCUAACCGCCAAAACCAAGAGGAACUCUGCUCUGAUUGAAAAGCUUCAGGCCUCCCUCGCUCGCUCCCCCUCGGCCCCGCUGACCUCUCCAAAGAGCCCCGGCUUCAGGCUGCUGCCUCCCGCCUUCCCCUUGCCCUCCCCCGGCUCUGCCCCAGUAACCACGGAAACUACCUCGUCAACGGCGACCCCCACCGGCCCAGUCACCACCCUUCCGGUAACUGAAGAGGAAGGCCCCACCAUCUUUGAAGACCCUCCCACUCUGGCGGAGGGGUCCUUCCUGCCAAGCUUCAACAAGAGCCGAGCUCGUCACUCCAUCCGGCGACGCCCUCCGUCCCGUCGCCACAGGAAGUCCAGCAGUGGAGACGAGGUCGGCGCAGCAGACAAAACAGCAGGAGGAGGUGGAGAAGGCGAGGAGGAGGGAACGGGUGGAGAGGUGGAGGAGGACGAAACAGACACUUCAACGUGUCCUGGGGAAAACCGACCCCACAAAGAAGAUCAGUCCAAGACUGAGACCGAAGAAGGUGAGGAGGAGGAGGAGGGAGGGAACGGAUCCAUGGGAGGAGAGGAGGGAGACGGAUCUUCAUCGGGAAGCAAGGAGGAGCAGGAGGAGGCGGUGGCAGCUCAGGAGGAAAUCUCUGGAGAAAAACACAAAGAAGAAGUGACUGAAGGAGCCACAAACACAGAGAGCAAAGACGAAGAAAAGAGCGAGGAGACGACGACUGAGACUUCAGCCCUUUGAGGAUUCAGAUGUUCGGCCGAGUCGGCCGUGAUGAGCCCCCGGGGCAGCGAGGCCUGAAGGAAAGGGCCUGUGUGAGACUGAAGGCUGUGGAGAAUCUCAGCUGCUUCUUUUAUCUCUGAAGUGGUGAAGACCAAGUGAGGAAACCUGUAAAUAACCACUGAUAUAACUGGGAAGUUCUCUGAAGGUCCAGCUUUAGUUCAGUCUGAAGUUCAGCUUGACAAGAGAACUGCUGAAAACUCUCGAUGUGAAUUUGUUUUGACUGAUCCUCGACUCGAAGCCUUUUGACACUGCAGCGCUGGACUUGUUCCUUUUGUAAUGUUUUUAAUGUGAUGCGAUGUUUUUAAUAUCAUGCUUUCUUUCUGUACAGUGACAUCAGAGCUGUGAUUGAUGAUGUCGUGAUGAUGAUCAUGACGACGAUGUCAUGAUGAUGAUGGGUGAUAAUGACUUCAUGUUGAGGUCAUAAUGAUGACGAUGUGAUGAUGAUGAUGAUGUCAUGAUGAUGUAAUGAUGAUACGACGAUGUCAUGAUGAUGAUGGGUGAUAAUGAUUUCAUGUCGAUUUCAUGUCAUCAUGAUGACAUCGUCAUCAUCGUCACAUCAUGAUGUCAUGAUGAUGUAAUGAUGAUACGACGAUGUCAUGAUGAUGUCAUGAUGAUGUGUUCACAGCGGUCAGAGGGCAAACCUGAGGCCUUAUUCCAGUUUCAUUUAAAAACUACUUUUUAUCAAAACCAACCAUUGAGGCCUUUAUUGUUUUAAAACUGUACAUUCUGUGGUAAAAUGUAAAAACUGGAGACGUCACUUGUGCCUUAAAGUCUGAAACUGAAAUUAAAACGCAUACUUUUCUAAA